AUGGCAGCCCGCGCAAACGUGCUGUCCCGGCACGCGCCCGGUCGGGCCCCUCUGCGCCUGUUCAACCAGGCUCCUCUCGCCCGCCAAUGGCAACCCUCCAGCCUCCUCCGAUCUCCCAACGUCCGCCUCGCGUCUACCACCCCCGAAGCCGCCUCCGAAACCGCCUCGAAAGCCGCCGCUGAAACCACAAAGGAGGUGAAGGAAACCGCAAAGGAAGUGAAAAGGGGCACCCGAUCUGCUGGUUCGCGCUUCAAGCGCUACGCCUACGGCACCACAUUCGCCCUCCUCUCCGGCGUCGGCUACCUCUACUUCACCGAUACCCGCGCCAGCGCUCACCAGUACCUGGUCCCGCCGUUGAUCCGCACCAUCUGGACCGACGCCGAGGAUGCCCACCACGCCGGUCUGAAGGCGCUGCAGACGCUCUACCCCCUGGGCCUGCACCCGCGCGAGCGCGGCGACCCGGACGGUGCUGGCGACCUGCGCAUCACCGUCUUCGGGCACUCGCUGGACAACCCCAUCGGCAUCUCGGCCGGGCUGGACAAGAACGCAUGGAUCCCGGAUCCGCUCUUCGCGCUGGGCCCGGCAAUCGUCGAGGUCGGCGGCAUCACGCCCAAGCCGCAGGCCGGCAACCCGCUCCCGCGCGUCUUCCGCGUCACCUCGCAAGAGGGGUUGAUCAACCGCUGUGGCCUGAACUCCGAGGGCGCCGACAGCGUCGCUGCCCGCCUGCGCCAGCGCGUCCGCGAGUACGCAUACCAGAUUGGCUUCGGCCUCGGGCCGGACGCUGAGCAGGCCGUGCUAGACGGAGCUGCGGGCGUGCCGCCGGGCAGCUUGGCCGCCGGCAGGCUGAUGUGUGUGCAGGUCGCGAAAAACAAGAACACGCCUGACACGGACAUCGAGGCCGUCAAGGACGACUACGUCUACUGCGUCGACCGCCUCGCCAAGUACGCCGACGUCAUCGUCGUCAACGUCUCCAGCCCCAACACGCCCGGCCUGCGCUCGCUGCAGCGCGUCGAGCCGCUCACCCGCAUCCUGACGGGCGUCGUUGCCGCCGCCAAGUCGGCCGACCGCAAGACCAAGCCUGCCGUCAUGGUCAAGGUUUCUCCGGACGAAGAUACGAAGGAGCAGAUGUCGGGCAUCUGCGAUGCUGUCUGGGAGAGUGGCGUCGACGGUGUCAUUGUCGGAAACACGACGAAGAGCAGGCCUGCGCCUCUGCCCAGAGGCUACAUCAUGCCGACGCACGAGCAGGAGACGCUCCUCGAGACUGGUGGCUAUUCUGGGCCGCAGCUGUUCGACAAGACGCUCGGGAUGGUGGCCAAGUACAGGAAGAUGCUGGAUCAGGGUCCGCGGAUCGCGCCCAAGGAAGAAAAGCCAGAGGCCAAGGCGCUCGCUGCUGCCGCCGGCGAGGCGCCCGAGACCACGACUGCUGAAAAGAUCGGAUCUGGCGCGAAGGAAGUCGCGUCGCAGGUCUCGUCUGCGUUUUCAGAGGUCAAGGUCGCUGACCCCACCGAGAACGUCACCACCAGCCCCGACGACUUGACUGAGAUGGCGCCGGUCGUGAAGGCCCCAACCCCCUCGGCUGCGGAAGAAGUGGCCGGUGACAGGUCGCCCUAUUCGCACGUGUCGAAGGAGAUCUGGGCAACUGGCGGCGUGACGAACGGGAAGCAAGCGCUGCAACUGCUGAAUGCGGGUGCCAGCGUCGCCAUGGUCUACACUACCAUGGUGUUCAAUGGCAGCGGCGCCGUGACCAAGAUCAAGAACCAGAUGAGGCAGGAAAUCAAAAAGGAGUAG